CUUCAUACUCAAGAUGAUUGGCAUUCAAUGACAACAGAUAACUCCACAGCUGAUAUGUAUACGCAUAGCGUAUUAAGCUAGCUCCAGCAGUUUUAAGUCAUAUUUGAUUCCAUCCACCAUAAUAUAAUAUCCUUUAUAAAUACACAUCUUGCAUUGCCGGUAGACGCUACUCUAUAUUCUUGGGCGCCGGUUAUAGCGAACACAGCUGUCAACCACUGUACUGUGGUUUUGUUGUCUUGAAUGCUGACGAAAACCUUAACUGUGAAAUCACACGGAGUAGGUAAUUCGCGCAGGGCACGUACAGUCACUGGCUCCCAGCCACAUUAGAUGACAAACAUAUGCGACACCACUGUCUUAUUCCUUCCCACGCCACUAUUAUUUAACAGUAACCAUCACGAAAUAUGGUUGAGCUUCGAAAGCGCAAAGCGCCAACUCAAUUGCCUCUCGCGGAGAAAAGGACCAGGAAAAGCCAACGGUCAAACACUGUACUGGAGGGCGUGCUCCAGGAGAAAGAAUCAUCCACGAUCUCAAAAGAGGUACUCAAAGUCGGCAACCAAAUUAUUUUGGAUGGAUUUGGUGGAGAAAUUGAAACAAAUGAUGGCAUAAAGACAACACUCAAUAAGUUGGUUGAUGAGAGCAAAUCAGGUGUUGUGCUCUUUACAUAUCCUAGAGCCUCCACCCCCGGCUGUACAAAGCAAGCCUGCAUGUUUCGCGACAGUUAUGACUAUUUGACUUCGACUGGGUUCUCCAUCUAUGGACUGUCUGCGGAUUCGCCAAGAGCAAACACCACCUUCAAAGCCAAACAACGUCUGCCCUAUCCUCUCCUCUGUGAUACUGCAUCCUCACUGAUUGCGGCUCUGGGGCUCAGAAAGGCACCUAAAGGAACAGCCAGGGGCAUUUUCGCUGUAGAUAAGCAAGGUACUGUUCUGCUACUGCAGCGUGGUGGCCCAGAUGCCACAGUGGAGGCUAUGCGGCAAUUCAUUGCAAGGAACUCCAGUAGUAACGGUUCAAAGUCGGGUAUCUGACAGCUUCAAUCACCAGCUAAGGCAACCAGAAGGACAGCAACCAUAGGGAAACAGAAUUAACCGCACCUACACAGGCAGGACUACUUGUUGUUUCUAUCCCCUUCGAAGUGGCUAUCUACCAAAUGACUACGGUUACGGCCGAGCCCAUAGCAUUCGUUUGUAAUAGACAAUGUAUGUAAAAUUGUGUUUUGCCAGUUCUCCGGAGCAGUGCUC